GGUGCAAAGGACAUGUUUCUUGCUUACCAGGAUAUGAGGGAGGCCAACUGGAAAAACUCAGACAAGUAUUUCCAUGCACGCGGGAACUAUGAUGCUGCAAGCAGGGGCCCUGGAGGCAGAUGGGCAGCCGAAGUGAUCAGCUAUUUCAUCUGUGGCAGAUUUGACAUGAUUUUAUUCCUCAGAAUAAAUCUAGUAAAGUAUUCAGAUGCUGAAGCUGACCAGGAAGCCAAUCGCUGGGGACGUAACAGCGGUGACCCCAACCGCUACAGACCGAAAGGCCUUCCCGAGAAGUACUGAAAAGAAGAUCAUCAGUGCGAUAGAAAAUGACUGAAAUCAUUUUACUGUAAUACUGCUUGAUUCAGUUUUGUAUAAAACCAUUUCAUUCUUUCUUUUUACAUCUUGACACUAUCCUUAAUU